CCGAAACUACCCUUCCAAUGAACGAAGCAGUGUUCUCAUCAUCAUCUUCGCCUGAGUUUGCUGGUUAUGUGGAAUGCACUAACUGAGUCCCAGCACACAUCAUCACAGAGCACCCAUUUAAGAAAUGGGUUUGCUUAUUGUAAACUCUGCAACCUCAUUGACUUGGAGGAACUCUAUCUUCACUUGUGGGAGGUGUAGGUGUAUUGGUCUCUAUGAUUUGCAGAACUGUUUACCAACCAAAUCAUGCACUGGAGUUGGAUCUGGGUCAAGAGCUUUUGCAAGCCGGAAUUCGGUGAAGAAGUUGAGAAGGGAGAGACUGGCAAGCGAAAGGGGUGCAGAUAAGACUACUGCUAGUUCUGAAAAUGUUCAAAAUGACAACAAGCUGGAGCUUUCUGAUGAUUCAGCUGCAGAGAAAGGGGUUAAUAUCCCUUCCAGAGGUGCUGUGCUUCAGGCUUGCACUGUUACUUCCGGGUUGAUAGUUGCUUUGGGUUUCCUAAUUCGACAGGCAUCUCAUGUUGCAUCCGUUGAAGGAUUACCAGUCCUUGACUGCUCACUGGAAGUAUCAUUUGAUUUUGAAACGUGGCAUCUUCAGUUGAUUGCCGGAUUGGUUAUUUUGAUAUCAUCAUCCCGAUAUCUAUUAUUGAAGACAUGGCCAGAAUUUGCAGAGUCAAGCAAAGCAGCCAAUGAACAGGUACUUACUUCACUUCAACCUUUGGAUUUCAUAAUCGUUGCAUUUCUUCCUGGGGUCAGCGAGGAACUUCUUUUCCGGGGUGCACUGCAACCUCUUUUUGGAUCCAGUUUGAGUAGUGCCAUGGUGGUUGCCCUCGUCUUUGGUGCUCUACACCUGGGCGGUGGCCGAAAGUAUUCCUUCGCAGUCUGGGCAAGUUUUGUUGGGUUUGUGUAUGGUUAUGCCACCAUUGCAUCUUCUAGCCUCGUUGUGCCAAUGGUUUCUCAUGCAAUGAACAAUUUGGUGGGAGGGAUUUUAUGGAAAUACAGCUCAGAUUCAUCACGGGAGAUAUCAGACUCAAACUAGAGGUCAUUGCUGUUGGAUAGAAUAGGAAAAGAUGCUAGAGUAGGGAAAGAUUAGAAUGAUACAUGUACAAAAUUCAAGAUGAAAUGAACUCGUCACCCGU